CACACCACACACUUGCAGGAGAGAUGCAAGAUGAACUCAAACAGUGACCCACAGGCUCCAAAGCCCUUCAAUUCUGUAUGGAUGAGCUACUGCCACAACCAUAAUAGGGGAUAAGAACAGACAAGAGAGAAAGCAGGGGAGGUAGGGGGCGCGAGACUGCCUGGCCUGUGAUUGGUCGAAGCCGAUGACGUCACCUCCGCCGUGACGCCAUACUCCUCAUUCAUAGGAAGAAGAAAAAAAAGGAAACGAGCGGAAACAAUCGUGAAGAGAACGCCAGAGUGAGAGCGGUAACAAUGAGCUCCACGGGAGGCGAGAUGCGCGCAUAGAGGAGCGGCGCUGCGGUGCUGGGGGUGGGCGGCAAUCCACGCGGGAUCCGGAUCCAGAGGCGAGCCGUGCAGCCGCAGCCAAGUCCGCAGACCAGUUGCACAGCAGCCCCGAGACGAGCGAGCGAGCGAGCCGCUAUGGAGGACGUGUGCGAGAUGGACUGCCCGGUGCUCAAGCGGCUUUUGAAGGAGGACGACGCCCGGUGCCUGCUGCUCGACUGCCGCUCCUUUCUCGCCUACAGCUCGGGGCACAUCCGCGGGGCCGUCAACGCCCGCUGCAACACCAUCGUGCGCCGCAGAGCCAAGGGCUCCGUGCUGAGCCUGGACCAGGUACUAGCCGGGGACGACGAGGUCCGGGCCCGCCUGCGCUCCGGGAUGUACUCGGCCGUCGUGCUGUACGACGAGAGGACGCCCGACGCGGACACGGUGAAGGAGGACAGCACCGUCAGCCUGGUGCUCCACGCGCUGUGCGGGGACUCCACGGCCACGCGCAUCUACUUUCUCAAAGGUGGCUACGACAGGUUCUUCUCCGAGUACCCCGAGUUCUGUUUGAAGACAAAAUCCUUGCCCCCGCUCACGAGCCAGUCCAGUAUGGACUCGUCCUGCUCGUCCUGCGGGACGCCGCACCAUGACCAGGGUGGGCCCGUUGAGAUACUCCCGUUCCUCUACCUGGGCAGCGCUCUACACGCCUCCAAAAAGGAAGUCCUGGACGCCAUCGGCAUCUCGGCGCUGCUCAACGUGUCGUCCGACUGUCCCAACCACUUCGAGGGUGCGUACCAGUACAAAUGUAUCCCUGUGGAGGACAACCACAAAGAGGACAUCAGCUGCUGGUUUCUGGAGGCCAUUGAGUUCAUCGACUCCGUUCGCGACUCGAGCGGUCGCGUCCUGGUCCACUGCCAGGCGGGCAUUUCCCGUUCGGCCACCAUCUGCCUGGCCUACCUGAUGAAGAGGAAGCGCGUGCGUCUGGACGAGGCGUUCGAGUUCGUGCGGCGGCGCCGCUCCAUAAUCUCACCCAACUUCAGCUUCAUGGGCCAGCUGCUGCAGUUCGAGUCCCAGCUGCUCGCCACCUCAUGCUCAGCCGAGGCCGCUGCCACUGCCAGCCCACUGCUGGCGCCCAAGACGUCAUCGGGAGUGGCCUCGGCCGUGGCCACGCCCACCUCGCCCUUCAUCUUCAACUUCCCCGUGUCAGUGGUGAACUCCGCCUACCUGCACCACAGCCCCCUCACCACGUCGCCUGGCUGCUGAUGGCCUGCAGUGACGCUCUGAACGCUUCCUGGCUCACAAACCAGCUUCUUCCAAUAAGUGACCAAAAAAAAGACUUUCAACCAGGUUUGUGUGUUGGACUUGCGGGUGACAUACACACUGACAGCACGAAUAACAAGUGAGGACGCUUGGUGUGAAGAUGGGUUCUAUUCCCAUUAGGUUUCCAAAGGGGUUGAAAAUUUACCCUAAAUUUACAUGGGCAUAUUUUGAAAAUAUUUUUCAUGGGAUUUAUGGGAAUUGAGGUAAAUUAAAUGGGAAGAUCAUAUUCAGUUUCCAAUGGAGGAGUGGUUAGCACAUCUGCCUCACAAUUCUAAAGGGUGGCAGUUUGAAACUGAGUUCACGUACUUGCGUGGGUUUUUACUGGGUACUUCUUCCCGCAUUCCAAAUACAUGUCGCUAGUUUAAUUGAAGACCCUAAAUUGUCCUUCAUGUGUAUUUCUGCAUCAAAUGUUUAGUUUUUUUAUUAACAAUAUACAAAUUUAAGAGUCUGGUUUAGAGAAGAGGAAAACCAAAAAAUGACAAAUAAGAGUACAAAUAGCUAAAAAAACAAACAAAAACAGAAAACUGCAACUUACUGGUUUUGGUUACCUUGUGAAAGGGGUAAUAACAUGGGUUCUAAGAUUGAGCCUUGAGGAAUACCACCAAAAAUGUGGACAGACUGGAUAGCCUUCAGUGAUUGGCUGGCGAACAGUCCAAGGUGUACCCCGUCUUUUUCCCAAAGUCAGCUGAGAUAGGCUCCAGCACAUGGUUGAGCGGUAUAAGAAGUGGAUGGAUGGUAUGAUAUUAAAGCAUAAAUAUAAAUGUAUUUUGGUCAUAAGAAGACAUAAAUCCAAAAUGAUAAAAUUUAAAAGCAUGACAUGGCAACAGAUAUAACAGUAAAAGUAUUUGUAAGUAGAACUUAAUCAAUUAAACAAUUCUUUCGAACGCUUUUAAAAAAAUUACAAAAAUGCGCCCCAGAUCCAAAAAGUCCCUUUGAAAAUGUUGACUAAAAGGGCCGCUCUCCCUAGGAAAAAGUUCCAUUCAGUAUGCAAAUAAAAACACAAUCCCCAAUCAAUUUCUCAUCAAUUCCCAUCUAAAGUUUCCAUCUUUAAAAAUUACCCGGAAUUUUGCAGCCCGAGUUGCCAUGGAGAUGACAGCUCUUUAAGCUGAGGAGAUGGACACAGGAAGGAAUCUGGAAUUCAAAGCACCCGCUCCUUCCUCCUUUGGCGCUCAUCCUGCUGCAACACAAAAGAUGUGGAUGUGUGUGCAUGGGGGAGGGGGGGAUCGAAAGCAGGCCCUCCUCAGUGACAGGUGCUCUGCUGCCAGGCCGACCAGUUUCCUGUCUAACCUCUUCCUCACACGCGCUUACACAAACAGGCCUCUCUCAUCUACUUUCAUGUUCCCCCUCUUAAUCUCUUCUUCUCAUCUUUGCCACCUCCUCUUCUCAGAUGUGCAUCUCUUUCCUUGGAGGUGGCAUGAGAAAACAAAAUAAAAAUAAUAAGACACCGACAAGAGCCCAGGAAACACUCAUCAGUCUCCUUGUCUAGAGCACGGCGACACUUAAAUGAGCAUUGCUGCUCUUUUUAUGGAAGUGUUCCCCUGCCUAUUCGCUACAUGCAAUAUUUGUACAUUUUGUUUCAAUUACCAAUGGUCUCACAAAAAUUACUUCAUUUACUUUUCCUGGACAGAAUAUUCAGUAAAUUAACAAGGAUAUAAACUCAGGGUACUUUGUUCAUUUCUUUAUCUUUUUUCAACACUGCUGCUGUUUCUCAUGAGGAAGGCCUGUUUUCACUUCACACUCAGGCACACGAGCCCUGCUACUGAACUUUUAAUCCUUUCAAGAUGGCAACAAUAGAAGUGAGUUUUCAGUUCUUAAUGUCACAAUGAUGUGUUUUUAGACUGAACUACACUCUCUCUCUGCUACACACACACACACACACACACAGAAAGGGUGGCAAAGUACAUUUUCCUGUUUUUCAAAGAUUGUCGACACCUAUUUCUGUAGCACUUUGAAGUGAUGCAAUACUGUAUUUGUAAUUGAUGGUUGAUCUGCUCCUCACGGUAACAGUAGACUGACUUUUUCUUGUCUAACGUGGAGAGGAGGGAUGGAGAGCGAGAACCAAUCAGUUGAGAAAAAAAAACUGCAAUACUUUUGUCUGAGUUCAUCUCUUUCUACUCUGUCUGCUCAAUGCAGUUGACCCAUUAUACGGCAAUAGAAAACAUUCACUUAUACAUGUGUGUAUAUAUAAUAAUAAAAAAAAAUCUACUUCCCUUCAAUCUUAUUGUGUAGAAUGAAUGAACUGCAUUUAUUUAUUGUGGAAAAACCACUGUUGAAUAAAGCUUGUUCUUAAUUAAACUGA